UUCAUGGCGGCCGCUCUCCCUGGCCUCAAGGCCAGCACUCGACCCUCUACUUUCUCCAGUGAGGCCCUCGAGGACAAGUACGAGGCGCAGCGCAGGGAGAUUGCGCAACUAAAGAAAGAGCUGGAGGAUUCCAAAGCCCAGGUCGAUAAGUUGAGAGCCGACAAGGCCUUUGCCGUACACGAGAAAGAGAAGCUCCAGGCCGACCUCGAGAAGGCUCAGGAGGCGAAUAUGUACGAAGUGGACAUUGGCAUCGUUGAGGGCCGGAAAUCAUUCUUGAGGACUGGCAUAGGCGCUGCCUUUGUUCGCGAGUAUCGCAAAGAAGUCGUCAAGGCUUUCUGCAAUUCUCCUGAGUUCCUUGACAAGCUCUGCCCUGCCGCCGUCCAAUACUUCGAUUAUGCCUUCGAUGCUUGGGAGGCUGCGGUCGCGGGUUCUGAGUUUGCUGGGAAACUCGACCGAGAGGCCCUGAAGCGUACACUUCCUGACCCUGACGGUUAUGAGGGCGAUCCGUCCCUUCCGGAUGACUACCCCUGGUGGACGGGUCUUGAGGCAAAAGUCGUUCGGGAGGCUAAGCUAACUUAUCAACUCGAUGCUCCGCUGCCUUCUCCCGUCCAACCUGUCGGGCCGAGUGAUG